AGGACACCGGCUAGCGACUCAAGGAUGGAGCUCAACCCAAAAUUGACGAGUCCGCGCUACCAAACAGUACUCGAGUACUUAGGUAAGAGAAAGGUAUUCAAUCAUGCUUGGGAGGAGAUUAAUUUCUCUCUUCAGGAGUUCUUCAGCGUCGCAGCUUUCCAGUAACGCCAAGCCUGUGGAUGAAGAAAAGAGCAGGGCUUUUGGCCGUAAGGCUGUUUCUUUUUUGUUGAUUACUGUCACCGGCGGUGUUGCUUUGAGCGCUCUUGAUGACCUUGCCAUAUAUCAAGGCUGCAGCAGCAAGGCCAUGGAGAAAGCCAGUAAGAAUCAGGCAAUCAAAGAUGCUAUUGGGGAACCAAUUGCUAAAGGCCCAUGGUACAAUGCUUCUCUUGCAGUGGCUCACAAAAGGCAUUCUGUAUCUUGCACAUUUCCUGUGUCUGGACCUCGUGGCAAUGGUGUCUUCCAAUUGAAGGCAGUUCGUAAUGGAGAGGACGAUUGGUUUUCAUUCUUCCUUCCUCGCGAUUGGGAAAUCCUAGUAAUGGAAGCUCUUCUUCAUGUUCCUGAUAGUGAACAAAAGCAGCAAACUGUGCGGAUCAGUCUUUCUGAAAAGUACCCACCUCCAGAUUGCAAGGCAUGCACCUCAUGCCCACAGGGAUCUCAAAAUCCAGAGAACAAAUGAAAAGCUGCAUACCAUCGAGUUUGUGGGAACAUUUUUUUGUGUUUCGUUCAAGUUCCUGUUCUUCCAGCAGUAGCAGUAGAUCUGAUCUGCUCAUAAAUAUUGUUAAAUCUGGUAACCAGGUUUUUACAGAUAACAAUUUGGCACAUUCAUUUUGGCCCCUUUUUCAUGCUGGGUUUUAAAUUCCUGGAUAGAUUUGGUACAUUCGUUCUGGCAGAUACUGAAGAGCUAGUCAUAUAGUCUUAAGAAUUUAGAUCCUUGUAAAUUGUACUUGGUACUCUGGGGAAUUUUUAUCCAUUUUUUUCAUGUGUUCCUCAACUGCAAUUGUUUUAAUAAAAUCACUUGACUUUGAUUUUAUUAUCAGAAGUCCUUUUGAAUUAA